GCACAAAAUCGUAGGAAAUGAUUCAUUAUAUAAAGACUUGGAGGAUCCUACUAAAUCUUCCAUCUACAUCUUGCAGUCCACAAUUGAGUUAAGUAACACACCAACCAACAGAUCCAAAUUAAGGUUUAUUUUCAAUGGCAACCUUGUCAACAAGUUUAGCUCCUUUGGGCAUUCUUAGUUUAGUGUUAAUAGUUGGAGUCAUAUUUCUCCCUACUGGGGCAGAAGCUAGGCCAAGGGCUUUCUUUGUGUUUGGAGAUUCACUUGUUGAUAGUGGGAAUAACAAUUACUUGGCUACCACUGCACGUGCUGAUGCACCUCCUUAUGGAAUUGAUUAUCCAACUCAUAGACCAACUGGCCGUUUCUCCAAUGGCUUCAACAUUCCUGAUCUUAUCAGUCAGAAACUUGGUGCAGAGUCAGCAUUGCCAUACUUGAGCCCAAGUUUAACAGGAGAUAAGCUUCUAGUUGGUGCCAAUUUUGCUUCAGCUGGUAUUGGAAUCCUUAACGAUACCGGAAUUCAAUUUGUAAACGUAAUUAGGAUGUACAGACAGCUGGAGUAUUUUCAAGAGUACCAGAGACGAUUAAGUGGUCUAAUUGGAGCAUCACAGGCUAAAAGACGUGUGAAUGAAGCACUAGUUCUCAUCACUUGUGGUGGCAAUGAUUUUGUAAACAACUACUACUUGGUGCCUGUUUCUGCAAGGUCUCAACAAUAUCCACUACCUGCAUAUGUCAAGUUUCUAAUCUCCGAGUACAAAAAGGUUUUGCAGAAGCUAUAUAAUUUGGGAGCUCGCAGAGUUCUUGUGACAGGAACGGGACCUUUAGGUUGUGUUCCUUCAGAAUUGGCCCAACGUGGCACAAAUGGGCAAUGUUCUGGUGAACUACAACGAGCUGCAUCAUUGUUUAAUCCUCAGCUUGAAAGCAUGUUGUUGGCACUCAACAGGAAAUUUGGCAGGAACGUUUUCAUUGCUGCAAACACUGGAAAAUCGCACAACAACUUCAUUAGUAACCCCGCCCAAUUUGGUUUCAGUACAGCUAAAGUAGCUUGCUGUGGGCAAGGACCCUACAAUGGUAUUGGACUAUGCACAGCCCUAUCCAACCUGUGCCCAAACAGAGACUUGCAUGCAUUUUGGGAUGCAUUUCAUCCAUCUGAAAAGGCCAACAGGCUUAUUGUGGAGGAUAUUAUGUCUGGUUCUCAAAGUUACAUGAACCCAAUGAAUCUCAGUACCAUCUUAGCUUUGGAUGAUUCUACCACAUGAUCAACAAGAUACACUGACCCAAUAAAUCCAAGCACUAAUUGUGUUGUUGGCUUGGAUAUAUAUGUGCUAGUUCAUCAAGUCUCUUGUUGCUUUUUAAUUAUUAUGUAAUUGUAGUUUUGGUAUUCCACUAUGUGCUGGAACCCCCCAACAUAAUUAUGUUACAAUC